UCCGCUCCCUCUCUGUUCUUUUUCUCCUCUCUCCACAUGUGGGACCGUCGACGACCUUUCCUGCGCCCACAAUCAAUCACUCCUAACGUACGUCUCACACACACUGUGCAGUCUACACCUCACAACCUUCUGCCUCCAGUACAAGCCCACGGUGAUAGCCUGUGUUUGUAUUCACCUGGCCUGCAAAUGGUCCAACUGGGAGAUUCCUGUUUCCACUGAUGGGAAACACUGGUGGGUUUACGUGGACAACACCGUCACUCUGGAGCUGCUGGACGAGUUGACCCAUGAGUUUCUGCAGAUUUUGGAAAAGACACCCAGCCGUUUAAAGAGGAUACGAAACUGGAGGGCAACACAAGCUUCCAAAAAACCUAAGACUGACAGCAGUCAAUUGAUUGACACCUCUUUCUCUGGACCUUCCCUACUUCAAGACCAAUGUGAAACCGCCCUUUCUGGAGGCUCCUCCUCCAACGUGAGUUUUUCUAAAGCUGGCCUCACCUUCACAGCAUCGAUUCCCAGAGAUUCCUCCAUGACUCUUGACUCCAUGACAGGAACAUAUAAUCCUGGCAGCCACAGUGAGUGGCCCCAGGUCAAACAAAGCCAAGUAGGAUACCCUCCCAUCUGUGUAAAGCAGGAGCCAAUCGAAAUCCCUCACCAGGAGCCCACUUUGUCUCUGCAGACAUCCACCUCGUCAUUACUUCAGAAUCCAACAACAUACAGGAUUGACAAGGCAUUAGACUUUAUACCUUUUACACAGGAGCCCAAAGAAGCCGGUGGGGUUGGACUUGGUAAGCACCAACCACCACCCCCUCAGUCCACGUACCAUCCCUCAGCCCAGCCUCCUCCUCCAUCACCAUCUCCAGCUCAGAAACUGUCUCUCGACAAAUACAGAGAGAAGGUUGCUGCGGAGAUUUCUGUCUCCGGGCAGAAAUGUCGGCAGGAUCAGCAUGGAGCUUCUGUAGAUUGUGAUGUCAAAGGGGAGUUGUCGUCGUCUUCCUCAGUUUCUUCCUACGGACCAAUAUCUAUGAGCCAUGUAGACCACAGAAAACACCCACAGUCCAACCAGCUGCCCUACACUGGGACUGGGGGCACGACCGUCUCGCCAAUGAAAAUCAAAGUUCCUUCUUCCUCGACUGCAGGGGUGGGCAGAUGUUAUCACAAUGACAAGCAGGACAAGGCGAUGCCCAAACUCCGCCUGGCUCUGCCCGGGGGGUCGCAGCUGGAUAAAAGUGGACAACCCAGCAAAGAUGAGCUGAAGAUGAAGAUAAAGGUUUCAUCGUCAGACUGCCACGCCUCAGCCGAUAAAGGCACGUUAGUCAACAACAAGAGUAAAAAUUCUGUCGGUAAAGACAAAAACCGUGGCGCCGAGCACCACCCGCAUCGACAUCACAAGCACGCCCACUCUCACUCGCACAGCGGCAACGGACGAGGAGGCCCUGAGCUCCAGGGCGGUGUCGGGGGUCAUCUUCGUGGAGCUCCAGGAUUGAUCAGCAUGGAGGGUGUCUCGCACGCUCCUGGUCCCGGGUCCAUCUCACUGUCUGCGUCCUCGUCCCGGAAGAGACCGUACCCUGAGGUCAGCUACAACCACCAGUUCUCCUCCUCAUCCUCAACUUCCAGCUCGAAAACGAGCAAGAUCACCAAGGGGGGCCCAGGUGCCGCAGGUAUUUCAUCUUCCUCCUCCCUGUUUCCCCCUCAUUCCUCUCCUGUACUGCAGUGUGUCUCAUCUGGCUCGCAGCUCCUUGGCUAAUCUUCCUUCCUCUGUCCUUUUGUCCUUUAUUCUUCUUUCUCCUCCUCCCAUCCUGUCACACCCAGGUGGGCUGCGGACGUCUCAGCAGUACCCUCCACCUUGUGCUUCGCCACAUGAAGCGGGUGAGCAGAGACACUGAGACUACGCCCCUGCGUCUGUGGUCGGCUCUAGUCAACUCACAGUUGAGACUUAAAGGACUGUGCUCACCUUCUUGUCAAGUGCCCUGAAAAGAAAAAAACACCUUAAAUUGAAAAAAAAAAAACCUUUACCGAAAGGAAGAGAACAUCUCCCUGAAAUCACAAAAUUAUGGUUUGUCUAAAUUUCUAUUUGAGGAAGAAAAAUAAUCAUGCUUCCUGACUUUUUGGGCUGUGAUGCUCAGUGUUUUUUUUUUCUUCUGUUAGUGUGUCGUGCAAUGUCUCACUGCAAGAGGUCAAGUGUUUGUUUCUAUCAGGUAACUCCAUGGGGGGGCGGGGUGCAAAAGUAUUACAAGUUGAGUUGAGUAAUUUAUAGUAAUCACAUUUCUAAAAUUAUGUUGAGGUACACAGUUCCCACCUGGAGAUGAUUAAAAGUUUUCUUUGCCGGCAUUCCACGUAGUACUUUUGAUGGAUGCAUUAUUAGGUGUACUAAUCAUCUCAAUGACUUGGUCUUGACUUUUUUUUUUUUUUAAGGACUGUGUGUUUGAUUUGCAUGUUUCCAUCUUCAAAUGGAAUUAAAAGGAGAGCACUUGCUGUUUACAGGAAGUGAAGAUAAAUGUACAUACAUUUUUGUAUGGUUAAAGAAAAAAAAAAACUAUACCGUGACUACUCAGGUUUGAAGCUGCUUGUAAGUAUAACACAAAUACUUCGACACCUAUAAAGACUCAUUCUGUUGAUUCAUCGUUUGGGCAUCAUCCUGUGAAUGUUUGCAGUAGUGUGAAGUUCCCACAGCCUUCCAACAGGGGGUGCUGCACUCUGCUUUUUCUAUUACAGGCAAAAAUCAGUCGCACUCACCAACACACACUAACAAAACAUUAUGCUGUUUCUACCAAAAAUAUAUUUUGAACUCUUAAUAGAGCUUAAGAUGGAUGCCAAAGGUUUUGCCUAUAAAUAAGUACAAAAAAAUAGUUUGCUAAUAAUGUUUACAUAAUUGUUUUAUUUUCAAGUGCAUCAUGACAUGGAACUGUAGCUCUGUAGAUGUCAGAGAUUUAUGUGUUUGAUCAUUUGGGUUGAUAAAAAAAAACAAAAAAAACAAAUUUAAUUUCAGCAACCCUUGUGGAAAUGUUGACCUUUUGCAAAAACGCUGAAAUUCAAUUAUUGUUCACUUUGGCACCCACAAUCUCAGCCAAGCAAGUUUGUCUUUUCAUCAAUGCAACCCACGUGGACAGGUUUUAAUUCUGUCUGCUUAACUAAGCUGAAUAUUUAUUUUAAGAUCUUUAGAGAGAGACGUACAGAACCAACGUAAAGGAUUUUUCAAGUCCUCUCGUGACUUUGUUUUACUUUUCAUUGCAAUGUAAAAUAAAACCUUAAAUGUGUUGUGGUUGACACACAGUAUGCA